AUGGCCGAAACCCCUUCCGGAACGCCCGGUGUGCGGCCGAAAAUCGCAGAGAUGAGCGCCGUCGUCCGCGAUGACAAUCCGUACUCGCGCCUCAUGGCUCUGCAAAGGAUGGGAGUAGUGGAGGAGUACCGCGCAAUCAGAGACAAGGCCGUCCUCGUCGUUGGCGUCGGCGGCGUCGGCAGCGUAGCCAGUGACAUGCUCGCCCGCUGUGGCGUCGGAAAAUUGAUUCUGUUCGACUACGACAAAGUCGAACUCGCCAACAUGAAUAGGCUCUUCUUCACCCCGAAGCAAUGCGGCCAAAGCAAAGUUGAGGCCGCGCGCGCGACGCUGUUGGAGAUCAAUCCAGACGUGACUAUUGAAGCGCACAACUGUAACAUUUGCUCCGACUUUGACCUUUUCUUUGACCGCAUCAUCAACGGCGGCCUCCCUGUGUCGUCUCGCUCGGAGACAGGAGAGGCCGUGGAGAGACGCCCGCCGGUGUCGCCUUCUCUCGAACAGAAGGGCCAGUGCCCCGUCGACUUGGUUCUCAGCUGCGUUGACAACUUCGCCGCCAGAAUCACCAUCAGCCAGGCGUGCAAUGAGGCAGGUGUUCUGUGGAUGAACAGCGGCGUCAGCGAGAGCGCGACGAGCGGCCAGAUCCAGACGUGCAUCCCGGGGCUCCUCGCCUGCUUCCAGUGCGCCCCUCCGUACGUCGUGGCGACGAGUGGAGACGAAAAGGCCAUCAAACGCGAGGGCGUGUGUGCAGCUUCUCUUCCCACGACCAUGGGAAUUGUUGCAGGUCUUCUCGUCCAAAAUGCUCUCAAGUACCUUCUCACCUUUGGGCAGACAACGCCCUUUCUCGCGUACAAUUCGCUCGACGAUUUCUUUCCCUCCUUCACGAUGCAGCCGAAUCCUCAGUGCGCUGACGCGUGGUGCAGAAAAAGACAGGCAGAGGUUUCAGAGAAAGCGAUUCCCCUUUCGUCUUAUUUUUUGACUUCCAAGCAACAGACCGAAGCAGAGGGCGGUCAGAAGGCGGAUGUCCAUGAAGACAACCCGUUCGGCAUAUCUCUAGUGGACGAAGGCUCCAAUUCGACAGCAAAGCGCCCGUCUUCAUCUUCCGCAUCUUCCUCGUCUCCCGCUUCAGCUGCCAACGAAGCCUCUGUGCAGCAAACAGAGAAGAAGUCUGUUGACGGCGUGAGCAUUCACGAUCUGAUGGCGCAGAUGAAGCUCCUGCAAAGUUAA